UUUUUUUUUUACAUUUUACUCCAUAGAUUACUUUUAUACAACUUAGUUACGUUUGUAACCUUUAUAGGCUAAGGAGAGGGAGAAAUGACUACCAACGGUGGUCAAGAACCUAACCGACCCGGCAGUUCGGGUAAUGGGAAACGCAAUAGUUCUUCGGAUAAGUCGAAAAGCCGAAGAUCCGGUCUUUGCGAUGACCAAAGCACCUCAUCGGGGCUUCGAAAAUGUGCUUUAGAAAGCGGUCUAAUUGAUAUUUUGGUUCGACAAGUGAUGGGAGCACUGGGUUCCACAGUAACUGGAGUGGCAGCGAAGAGGCUGGCCGAGGAAUUCAUGGCACGUUUACCGGCGAGCCAUUUGAAAACGCUGAUCGUUAGUGCAUCUACGUCCGGGCUACCUGUGAUCAACGUUGCCAUGUCUGCGUGGCAAAUCUAUUCAACUGCGAACUUGAUUCUGGAGAUUUAUAAUACUAUGAGGGCUAGUGGUGAGAUCGAUGAGAAGCCUGCUUUCAUUGCUAAUGAAGAAGAAGCUGCGGAACUCAAUGCAGUAAGAUCUGCUCAUGGAAAACUUCGCCGUAAUUUCGGCCCGCUGAAAUCAGCCAAAAUUAGUCGCUCAGCAUCGGAACCAACUUUGCCUCGCCCCGUUUAUGUCGAAAAAUUGGAAGAACUGGAGAAGUCUUUAGACAAAACAAACGCUAUUUAUCAUAGAAAGUCUACCCCCAACGAGACCGUCCUUGGGAUUGAUAAACCUGUUCAAAUGUCCCUGGCUGUUACUUCUUCAAAGCCUAUUGCACCCAACGAUCCUGCAGCUCGCGUUUCACGAAAGGAUUCGACCCCACUUGAAACCUUCGAACCGAUUCGUAUCAAAAAGUCGGCUCCCACUGAGACCGUCCCUGUGAUCGUAAAUCCUGUUCCUGUGUCCGUUGCCGCAACAGAUUCCAAACCCUUGGAGCCGAGUAAACCCCCUGCUCAGGUUUCGCGCCAAGAUACGACAGUAGUCGAACCCCUCGAACCGGAACGGAUUCGUCGAACCUCAAAUCAAGUUGAUUCUAGCUCUCAAGUCCAAGUCGCAAUUGAGGAAGAAACUUCGCGAGAAAUGGCUCUUCAGAACCUGAUGAAAGAAGCCGGACUUCUAGAAAACUCCGAUGAAGACGAUAUCGUUGAAGCACCCAAGAAAGAGACAAAAAGUCAACCCCGUCGAAAGCGAUCUCCCUCGAUUGCUCACGUUCGAAAAGAAGAAAAUGAUGAUGAAUCUACAACCUCGAGUAGAACUCUGGCGGCUGCGGAAGUUAUAGAAAAUGCCGACGAGAGGCCGACGAAGGAAUCGAAUCGUGACGAGAACGAAUCGACAUCUAGUGUCGUCGAGACCGCGUUGACGGGGGAAGGGCUUGAAGCUGUCGCAGCUGUUGUCGGCGCGGCGAAAACCUUAUCAGAACCGAAUGCGCCUCAAGUCGCCGUCUUAUCUGCUGGUCCCGUGGGCUCGAAGUAUAGGAUUACGACGCUUGAACGUGCUCCUAAUCCCGAAACUCAACCGCAUAUGUCGCCAGCGGUCCAAGCGGAGGCGUCACAGGAAGUCUUGGCUCGAUUGAAACCAUCUGAAAAUCCUCCUGACUCGAAUUCAGUAGGAAAUCACUCGGGGCUUUCUAAUUUAUGGAGCGUAUUGCGAUGGAGAACUAUGAAUGCUUCACCACCCCCGCUUGGAGAACAUACUUCUGAAGAACAUAUGGAUUCCGAAAUCGUGGAGCCAGUAUUCCAAGUUCGAUCUGAACCGAAUAUGCGUUCUUCUCCAAUCUGGUCUACCUAUGUUACGCCUUUUCUUAAAAAGCUGCGAAUCAUUCGUGAAGACGAGCAUAACGAGAAUCCUAGCGAAACAGAAAGAGCUGAUGAGGAAAAUCAAGCUCAAGCCGAAGACACUGAUCAGGAUCAUCCAAAAAGCAAUUCGCGAAGUGGAAAAGCGGAUUACUGGCUUCGCCGCUUGUUCAAUAGGAAAAGCAGCUGUGAAGAAAUUCCCAAUGAAAAAAAGAAAAUGAAAGAGGCAUCAGUUGUUCUUGGUGUGGAAUCCCCAAAACCCGCGGAACCGCCGAAAAAAGUUGAGAAAACAGGCGUUGGGAAAGCUGCGAGUCGCAUUGAAGAAACUGAAGACACCUCGGCUCAACUUCUUUCUCGGUCUGGUCAAACUCAGAUGAACCUCAAGCCUCAAAAACCCAUUCAGUCGGACGAACCUCAACAGCAGGGAGUGUAUGAAGUCAAAGUGCAGCAUCUGCAUCGCGAAGCGCCGGGAACCACUGAGCAAAGGGUACGCGCCCGGCCUGUGGAUGUCAUGAGCGUGGGUACUCCGUUAUUUGCCAAUGUGGAGUAUGUCACGAGGUACGGGCUUCCCGUCGAUCGAGACGAGGUCAAGAGGAUAGCCAUCCCCGUUGUACCCGUGAAUCAGCAUGAUGACGAGGACUUUGACGACUCUACGAGUAACCCGCGUACGAAGAACAGCACUGCGAAGAACUCCGAUACUGCCCGUGGGAAUGAUGGGGUGUUGGCAUUAGCGAACAACUUGCGAGCUGAAAUGCGCGUCUCUUCCGGUGGAAAUGUUAGUUCGAAGAAGCCGUUGGUGCUUCAGGAGUCUCGAGCAGAAAAAAGUUGCUGCCAAGGGCGUAAACAAGGUGGGAGUGGGAAUCCCAAAGGCGCUUGCGGAUGCAAUCGUAAACCAAGCUCGCAGUCUGAUACGGAAUCCUUCAAAAUCCGUUUGCCGACUUCAGCGUGCGUAACGCACGAUGGCCGCCACGUGCCCGUUUUAAUUUUGUACGGGUCUUCAGUUUUACUCCAGACGUCGGCAUUUCGAGGCACGAUUCACGCCAGGAACUAUGAAGUCGCUCAUAAUUUUGUCUUCCUUUUUGUCGGCAUGUUGGGGUAUGCAUGGGCUCCUCAUUCCAAGAUCGUCGGCGGAGAACUCGCUGAGCCUGGUCAGUUCCCGUACCAGGUUUCCUUCCAAGUCAAUUACUUCGGAUACUCGCACAUCUGUGGAGGUUCAAUUUUGGACGAAACUACAGUCAUCACCGCUGGACACUGCUGCGAUGCUGGCUUCAACGCAGAUGAGAUGCGCGUUGUUUUGGGGGAACAUGACUUGAACGACGACGAAGGGAAUGAACAAUUUGUGGAUGUCAGACAAUAUAUUCUGCAUGAAGAUUACAGUUCAUUUGAUCUGACGAAUGACAUCUGUCUGCUGAAGCUUGCGGGAAGUAUCGAAUUUAUUGAUGGCGUUGCCGCAACUAUUACACUUCCAGAAUCAUUGGAAGAAACAAAUGUAAAUUUGGUUGUCAGCGGCUGGGGAACUGAAUCCGAAACUGGAGAUCUGGCACCAGUCCUCCUUUUCGCAGAAAUACCCACCUUUACAGAUGAAGAAUGUAUUGAUCUGUACAGCGACUUCUUCGUUCAACCCGUGGAAUCCAUGAUUUGCGCUGGUGAAUCUGGGAAAGAUCAUUGCUUCGGUGAUUCUGGUGGUCCCUUGGUGGAAAUCGGGACGGACAAACUGAUCGGCAUCGUUUCGUGGGCUGAUGGCUGCGCUCGUCCUGGUCGUCCCGGCGUGAACACGCAAGUUUCAUACUUCAUAGAUUGGAUUACUGAAAAUCGCGGUUGAAAAAUUCAACUGCAUUUGAGAAUUAUAUAUACAAUUCGUCGUUGUAACGUUCACUUGCGAUUUAUAUGUCAUCAUUUCUGGCUAGUGUGAUCUCUUGUGCUGCCAACGGAUAUUUUCGAAAAUUAUAACCGAAAGUUACGAAUUUAUGAGGAAGAUAAUUAACGCAUAAGAAUUCCGGAUUGAUUAAAUCCAAAGCUUGAAUUUCCAUUUUCCACCCUGAAGAUCGAAGGCAAGUCAACUGUGGAAAGAAGAAAAAAAAAUUAGAUUAGUAAUUCUGAAUUAUAAUAAAAAUGUAUUGAGGAAGUGUAAAAAGAUUAUCUCAAUUGGACUCCACUUCUUAUAUUUCUGUAGUACAGUAUAUAAAAAAUCAUUACAUUGUCCAAGUUGAUAAGGUUCAGAAUUUUUUUAUCGGAUAAAAAAAAAAAUCUUUUUCAAUUUUGCAUGAUUACAACCGACAUUUUUCAUUAAUGUUACACAAAGCUUGAAAUUUUUUCAGAAAACUGAAAGUUUUUUCUUGAUUAUAAAUGUUAGGCACCCUGUACAGAACUCUUCAUGUAACAGGAAAGGAAAUUUUUUCAUUCAUUAUACAAGAAAUUGAAACAAUUUUUUUUAAUUCACGUCAUGGUUUACCAUACCGUUUAAAAAUCGCCUCCCAAGUUAGAAAUUUAAGGUAACCUAAUAUAAUAUGGGACUAUUGAAUAUCAAGAGAAUGUGCAACGGAAACAUUAAUUUUAUCAAAAUCUAGAUGAAAAAAGUUAGCAUUUUCGCGAUCAUAAUAUUACCUCAUCGUUCAACUCGUCACACAUCUCAACAAACGGAUUCUUCAUCAAGUCGUUGAUUUUCUUCCGAUCAAAAUCACUGAGGGCAAGCUUCGCCUCCUGCGGUACUUGAUAAACAUCUGCGUCUGAUGAUUUCAUCCCAAGCCACUGCAUUUCUGAUACUGUUAAUGAUUCGUUCUCGUGCAUCCUUGCCUGCAAAAUAUAUCCAGCGUUACAAAACAA